AUGGCUGCAGUUCCUCCGGCACUCGGCAGCCGGCAGCGACCCUUUCGGCCCCAGGCAGACGGCCGUGGCUGCUCCUUUGGCGGACGGAUGCGGCGAAUACUCCAUGACAGUCAAACUUGUGGUGGUCUGGUACAAGGCCUUAAUGGAACUAUAGAGAGUCCCGGCUUUCCCCAUGGCUACCCCAACUACGCCAACUGUACAUGGAUCAUAGUCACCGGAGAGCGAAACCGGAUACAGUUGUCAUUCCACACCUUUGCUCUGGAGGAGGACUUUGACAUUGUCUCCAUCUAUGAUGGACAGCCACAGCCGGGCAACCUGAAGAUGAGGUUGUCGGGCUUCAUGUUGCCGUCACCCAUCGUAAGCUCUGGGUCGAUACUGGCACUGUGGUUCACUACAGAUUUUGCAGUGAGUGCCCAAGGAUUUAAAGCAAUCUAUGAAGUGCUACCAAGUCACACGUGUGGAAAUCCAGGUUUGAUCCCGAGAGGAAUAAUCCACGGGAGUAGGUACAACGUUGGUGACAAGAUCCGCUACAGUUGUGUGAUGGGAUAUGUGCUGGAGGGGCACGCGGUGCUCACGUGUAUAGUGAGCCCAGGAAGUGGUGCAUCAUGGGAUUUCCCAGCACCUUUUUGCAGAGCUGAAGGAGCUUGUGGCGGGACGUUAAGAGGAACAACAGGGACAAUAUCAAGUCCCCACUAUCCUUCAGAGUAUGAAAACAAUGCAGACUGCACAUGGAGUAUUCUAGCAGAGCCAGGAGACACCAUCGCCCUGGUCUUCACAGACUUCCAGCUGGAGGACCGAUAUGACUUUCUAGAGAUCAGUGGCACAGAAGCGCCAUCAAUAUGGCUCACUGGAAUGAAUCUGCCGUCUCCUGUCAUUAGUAGCAAGAAUUGGCUGCGGCUUCAUUUCACGUCUGACAGCAACCAUCGCAGGAAAGGAUUUAGUGCCCAGUACCAAGUGAAGAAGGCCAUCGAGUUGAAAUCCAGAGGGGUGAAAAUGCUUCCGAACAAGGAUACAAGCCACAAAAACGCAGUCUUAAGCCAAGGAGGGAUGGCAGCGAAUAUUUGUCCAGAUCCUGGGAUUCCUGAAAAUGGCAAAAGAACUGGCUCGAGCUUCCAGGUCGGAGCCAGCAUCCAGUUUUCCUGCGACGACAGCUACGUACUGCAGGGAUCAAAGAGCAUCACAUGUCAGCGAGUGACUGAGACGCUGGCAGCCUGGAGUGACCACAGGCCUAUCUGUCGCACUCGAACCUGUGGCUCUAAUCUGAGGGGCCCGAAAGGCAUUAUAACAUCUCCAAAUUACCCCGUCCAGUAUGAGAACAAUGCACACUGCGUUUGGGUCAUAACAGCGGUGGAUCCAGAGAAGGUCAUCAAGCUGGCUUUUGAAGAGUUUGAUCUGGAGCGAGCAUAUGACACAUUAACAGUGGGUGACGGAGGAAAGAUAGGUGAUGCCCGACGAGUGCUUUACGUUCUCACAGGCUCCAGCGUGCCUGAUUUGAUUGUGAGCAUGAGCAACCAGAUGUGGCUUCAUCUGCAGUCCGAUGACACGAUCGGAUCGCAAGGUUUCAAGGCUGUAUAUGAAGAGAUCGACAAAGGAGGAUGUGGAGACCCAGGCGUGCCUGCAUACGGAAAGCGAACUGGAAACAGUUUUUUACAUAGUGACAUGCUGACCUUUGAGUGCCAGGCUGCUUUUGAGUUGGUUGGGGAGAGGACAAUAUCAUGCCAGCAGAAUAACCAGUGGUCUGGAAACAAACCCAGCUGCGUCUUCUCCUGCUUCUUCAAUUUCACCACUCCAUCAGGCAUCAUCCUCUCGCCAAACUACCCAGAGGAAUAUGGAAACAACAUGAACUGUGUGUGGCUCAUUAUAGCCGAGCCGGGCAAUCGGAUCCAUCUCAUUUUCAGUGACUUUGAGUUGGAGCCUCAGUUCGACUAUCUCAUCGUGAAAGACGAAGGGAUGCCGGAGCCCACCAUGUUUGGGACAUUCUCUGGGAAGGAUGUACCCUCACAGAUUGCAAGCAAUGGCCAUAUAAUGCGCUUGGAGUUCCAGUCGGACCAUUCCAACACGGGAAAAGGGUUUAAUAUCACCUACACAACAUUUGGUCAGAAUGAAUGCCAUGACCCUGGUAUCCCCGUCAAUGGCCAGCGCUUUGGAGAGCACUUCUUACUGGGCAGCUCAGUGCUCUUCACAUGCGAUGAGGGCUUCAUCAAGACCCACGGAUCCGAAUCCAUCACCUGUGUCAUCCAGGACGGAAAUGUGGUGUGGAAUGCGGCCGUCCCUCGGUGUGAAGCUCCAUGUGGCGGACAUCUAACGGCUCCCAUGGGAGUUCUGCUGUCCCCCGGAUGGCCCGGAUACUACAAAGACUCCCUCAACUGUGAAUGGGUGAUUGAAGCCAGAAAGGAUCAUGCCAUCAAGAUCUCUUUUGACAGGUUUCAGACGGAGGUUAAUUACGACACGCUAGAGAUUCGGGACGGGCCCUCCAACUCUUCUCCUCUGAUUGGCGAGUACCAUGGCACUCAGGCCCCCCACUUUCUCAUUAGCACCAGCAAUUACAUGUACCUGCUCUUCACCACCGACAACAGUCGCUCAAGUGAAGGGUUCCAGAUACGCUACGAGAGCAUUAUGAUGGAAACAGAUUCGUGUUUAGAUCCUGGGAUCCCGGUGAAUGGGAAGAGGCAUGGGAAUAAUUUCGCCAUCGGCUCCAGGGUGACGUUCAGCUGUGAUCAAGGCUACACUCUGAGCGAUGAAGAGCCCAUCGUGUGUGAGAGGAACCAUCAAUGGAACCACGCUCUGCCCAGCUGUGAUGCUCUGUGUGGGGGUUAUAUCUAUGGAAAAACCGGAACUGUUUUGUCCCCUGGUUUUCCCGAUUUCUACCCAAACUCUCUGAACUGCACAUGGACUAUUGAGGUGUCCCAUGGCAAAGGAGUUCAGCUUCUCUUCCACACGUUCCACCUGGAAGACUCCCAUGAUUACUUGCUCAUUACCGAGGACGGCAGCUUCACCGAGCCGGUGGCCAGACUCACGGGCUCCGUCCUGCCCCCCUCCAUCAAAGCCGGCCUAAUCGGCAACUUCAGUGUCCAGCUACGCUUCGUCUCGGACUUCUCCAUGUCGUACGAGGGCUUCAAUAUCACCUUCUCUGAGUACAGCCUGGAGCCGUGCGAGGACCCAGGAGUGCCCGCUUACAGCAGGAGAGUGGGCUUCCAGUUCGGGGUACGCGACUCCCUGGUAUUUUCCUGUUUCGCAGGCUACCGUCUGGAGGGCGAGAGUAAGAUCACUUGCUUGGGCGGAGGGCGGAGGGUGUGGAGUGCCCCCCUGCCCAGGUGUGUAGCCGAGUGUGGAGCCACCUCUGUGGGCAGUCAGGGUGUACUACUGUCACCCAAUUACCCGGCUAAUUAUGACAACAACCACGAGUGCAUCUACCACAUUGAGACGGAUAGAGGCAAGGGAAUCCAGAUCACAGCCACCACAUUCCAGCUUCAUGAAGGAGAUUUCCUCAAGGUUUAUGAUGGUCAAGAUACUUCAUCAAGACUACUGGGCAAUUUUACAAAAACCGACAUGUCUGACGUCAUCCUCAACAGUACGUCAAACCAUCUCUGGAUGGAGUUCAACAGCAAUGGUACCGGUACCAGCAAAGGAUUCAAGCUGUUAUACAGUAGUUUUGACCUUGUCAAAUGUGAGGAGCCCGGAACACCUAAUUAUGGCUACAAAAUCCAAGAUGACGGUCAUUUCACAGACACAUUUGUCUUGUACAGCUGCAAUCCUGGAUACACGCUGCAUGGUAGCAGCACGUUGACGUGUCUCAGUGGAGAUCGCAGAGUUUGGGACAAACCACUGCCAUCCUGCGUUGCGGAGUGCGGAGGACACAUUAGCGGUGCCACAUCUGGCCGAAUUCUGUCUCCUGGUUACCCAGCGCCCUAUGACAACAACCUUCACUGCACCUGGUCCAUUGAGGCAGAUACAGGCAAAACAAUCAGUCUCCACUUUAUAGUGUUUGACACGGAGGUGGACCAUGACAUUCUGAAGGUUUGGGACGGGCCAGCUGAGAGUGGCAUUCUGCUGAAAGAAUGGAGUGGAUCACUUUUACCUGAAGACACACACAGCACCUUUAACAUCCUCACACUGCAGUUUGACAGUGAUUACUUCAUCAGCAAGUCUGGUUUCUCCAUACAGUUCUCUACUACAGUUGCCACGACCUGCAACGACCCUGGGAGCCCUCAGAAUGGAACACGCUAUGGAGAUAGUAGAGAGCCAGGCGACACCAUUUCCUUUCAGUGUGACCCCGGCUACCAAAUCCUGGGAGUAUCUGAAAUCACAUGCGUCCAGCUUAACAGCCGAUUUUACUGGCAGCCAGAUCCCCCCACCUGCAUUGCUACCUGCGGGGGCAAUGUGACAGGACCUGCUGGGGUAAUUCUAUCACCCAACUAUCCCCAACCCUACCCGCCAGGAAAGGAGUGUGACUGGAGGAUAAAAGUCAACCCUGACUUUGUCAUUGCUUUAAUCUUCAAAAGUUUCAACAUGGAGCCCAGUUAUGACUUUCUGCACAUCUAUGAGGGUGAGGACUCCAAUGGACCCCUGAUCAUCAGUCUGCAGGGUAAUCAGGUCCCUGAGCGAAUUGAGAGCAGUGGAAACAGUCUCUUCCUGGCCUUCCGCAGCGAUGCCUCUCUGGGGAUGUCUGGCUUUGCCAUUGAAUACAAAGAGAAGCCAAGAGAAGCAUGCUUUGACCCUGGAAACAUUAUGAACGGAACCAGAUUGGCAAUGGACUACAAGCUAGGAUCAACAGUGACAUAUCAGUGUGAUUCGGGUUACACCAUUGCAGGGCCGCCCACUCUCACCUGCAUCAUUGGGGCUGAUGGGAAGCCUGUAUGGGACAAAGCUUUGCCUACAUGUAAAGCACCAUGUGGUGGGCAGUACUCUGGAUCAGAAGGGGUGGUAUUAUCCCCAAAUUACCCUCUCAACUACACUACAGGACAGACCUGCUCAUACUACAUUACAGUGUCUGGAGAAUUUGUGGUGUUUGGGCAAUUUGCCUAUUUCCAGACAGCCAUGAACGACUCCGUUGAGCUGUUUGAUGGCCCCAAUCAGAAUUCCAGGCUGCUAAGCUCCCUGGCUGGCUCUCAUUCCGGGGAAACCUUGCCCUUGGCCACCUCCAACCAAAUCAUGCUGAGGUUCAGCGCGAAAAGCAGCCCGUCCGCCAAAGGUUUCCAUUUUGCUUACCAAGCUGUUCCACGCACCAGUGAUACCCAGUGUAGCUCCAUCCCAGAGCCUAGAUACGGCAGGCGGAUUGGGUCAGAAUUCUCAGCUGGCUCCAUUGUUCGUUUCGAGUGCAACCCAGGAUACCUCCUCCAGGGAUCCAAAGCUAUCAAGUGCCAUGUGGUCCCCAACGCACUGGCACAGUGGAAUGACACCAUCCCGAAUUGUAUAGUUCCAUGCAGCGGGAAUCUGACAGAACGGCGAGGUACCAUCCUCUCCCCCGGGUUCCCCGAGCCAUAUGGGAACAGCCUGAACUGUGUUUGGAAGAUCAGUGUUACAGAGGGAUCUGGUAUCCAGAUUCAAGUCAUGAGCUUUGCCACUGAACAUAACUGGGACUCAUUAGAAAUCUACGAUGGUGGCGAUAUGACCGCGCCCAAGCUUGGGAGCUUUUCAGGUACUACAGCUCCAGCCUUGUUGAACAGCACGUCCAACCAGCUUUACCUGCACUUCCAUACAGAUAUUAGUGUCGUCGCAGCAGGAUUUCACCUUGAGUACAAAACCGUGGGUCUUACUACCUGCCCAGAUCCCGUGGUCCCAGCCAACGGCAUCAAGAAUGGGGACAGGUACAUGGUGAAUGAGGUGGUGUCAUUCAGCUGUGAGCCAGGCUAUGUUCUUCAGGGACAUUCUCACAUAACAUGUAUGCCAGGGACCGUGAGACGCUGGAAUUAUCCCCCUCCACUGUGCAUUGCAAAGUGUGGAGGAACACUGUAUGAUAUGAGUAAUGUGAUCCUGAGCCCAGGGUUUCCUGGGAACUACCCUGGUAACUUGGACUGCACCUGGAGAAUCAUGCUGCCCAUUGGAUACGGGGCGCACAUCCAAUUUCUCAACUUCACCUCUGAGGACAAUCAUGAUUUUUUAGAGGUUCGCAACGGGCCGCACCACAGCAGUUCUCUGAUUGGUCAGUUCAGCGGGAGCCACAUCCCGCCUCCUCUGCUGAGCAGCACGCACGAAACCGUUAUACACUUCUACAGCGACCACUCGGAAAACAGACAAGGCUUCAAACUUAAUUACCAAGCAUAUGAAUUGCAAAAUUGUCAAGACCCAUAUCCAUUCCACAAUGGCUACAUCAUCAACAGCGAUUUCAAUGCAGGCCAAUCUAUAACGUUUGAAUGCUUCCCUGGAUAUGUGUUGGAUGGCCAUUCUGUGCUAACAUGUCAGCACGGAAUCAACAGGAAGUGGAACCACCCUUUUCCUCGCUGUGAAGCUCCCUGUGGCUACAAUGUGACAGCUCCAAACGGCACCAUCUUCUCUCCCGAGUACCCAAAUGAGUAUCCAAACUCUCAGGACUGCACUUGGCUCAUCACCGUGCCUCAUGGUCAUGGCGUUUACAUCAACUUCACCCUCCUCCAAACAGAGCCUGUUACAGACUACAUUGCUGUCUGGGACGGCCCAGAGCAAAGUUACCCACAGCUGGGGAUUUUCAGCGGCAACACGGCCCUCGAGUCAGCCUACAGCACUUUCAAUCAGGUUCUAAUCAAGUUCCACAGCGACUUCUCCACAAGUGGAUUAUUUGUCCUCAAUUUUCAUGCUUAUCGGCUCAAGAAGUGCCCACCUCCUCCUUCGGUUGAACAAGCAGAGAUUUUAUAUGAAGACCAGGACUAUGAAAUCGGUGACGUUGUGAGGUACCGCUGCUUUCCAGGAUUCACAUUGAUUGGUGAUGAUGAGCUGACCUGUAAACUGAACUCUCACCUGCAGUUUGAGGGCCCACCACCAGCGUGUGAAGCUCAGUGUCCUGCCAAUGAGGAGCGGUCUGCCUCGUCUGGUGUCAUCCUGAGUCCAGGCUUCCCUAAAAACUACCCAAACUCUCAGACCUGCUCUUGGAUCAUCAGAGUGCUGCCGACCUUCACCAUUGCCAUUUACGUGGAGAUGUUCCAGAGCGAGAAGCAGUUUGAUGAGUUGGAGAUCUUUGAUGGGCCAUCUGGACAGAGUCCGUUGUUGGUGGCUUUGAGUGGGAAUCACUCCACACAACUGAACUUCACUAGCAAAACAAACCAGCUUUACCUCAGAUGGUCAACCGAUCAUGCCACCAGCAAGAAAGGCUUCAAAAUACGCUACACAGCUGCAUACUGCAGUGUAAAUGAUCCACCAAAAAAUGGAGGGGUGAUCAACAGGUUGAGGGACCGACCGGGCAGCAGACUCCAGUAUUACUGCAAUGCUGGAUACAGGCUUGUUGGGCACAGAAAUGCCACUUGCAGACUUCAUCCCAACGGCCUUUAUCAAUGGGACAAUCCAGCUCCAUUAUGUCAAGCUGUAUCUUGCGGCGUUCCAGAUUCUCCUGCUAACGGCUCGUUCCAUGGCUUCCAGUAUACAGUGGGCAGUACAGUGCUGUACGAGUGCGAGGAGGGCUACCGGCCUGACACGGGUAGCCUGCUCACGGCCGUCUGCCUGGAGGAUGGCUCCUGGAGCAAUGCCGUGCACCUUCCCCGCUGUUUACCGGUGCAGUGUCCUAACAUUGAGAGCAUGCUCUCUGAGCACAUGGUGUGGCGUCUCAUUUCGGGCUCGCUCAAUGAGUAUGGUGCACGAAUAAUGCUGAGCUGUUCUGCCGGCUACUAUCUUGGGGGCAGAAGGACCAUCAAAUGCUUAGCUAAUGCAACCUGGGAGGGGCUAGAGGACAAGUCCACCUGCAAGAUGAUCUCCUGUGGAAAGCUUCCAUCUCCUCCUAAUGGCAAGAAGAUGGGCACCCUGACUAGCUUUGGUGCCACAGCUAUAUUCAUGUGUAACACAGGGUACACAUUAGUGGGCUCACACGUGAGGGAGUGUCAGGCCAACGGCCUCUGGAGUGGAGUCGAGACUAAAUGUCUGGCUGGUCAUUGCGAUUCCCCUGAUCUGAUCGUUAACGGCCACAUCAGUGGUGAUGGAUCGAGUUACAGGGACACGGUUGUUUAUCAGUGCAACCUGGGCUUUCGACUCAUAGGGACGUCGGUUCGAAUAUGCCAACAAGACCACAGGUGGUCAGGGCAGGCGCCAGUGUGUGUUCCCAUAACCUGUGGCCACCCUGGGAACCCUGCUAAUGGUCGAACAAACGGCAGUGAAUUUAAUCUCAACGAUGUGGUGAACUUCACCUGCAACACAGGCUAUUUGUUGCACGGUGCAUCCAGAGCGCAGUGUCGAAUGAACGGACAGUGGAGCAACCCACUUCCUAUGUGCAAGGUGGUAAACUGCUCUGAUCCAGGCUUUGUGGAGAAUGCCAUUCGUCACUCUCUACAGCGCUACCCCGAGAGCUUCAAUUACAGAAACACGGUGAUGUAUCACUGCAAGAGGGGCUUCUAUCUCCUCGGCUCUUCCGUCCUCACCUGCCGCUCAAAUGGCUUCUGGGACAGAUCACUUCCUAAGUGCCUUUCUAUAUCCUGCGGUGAUCCUGGCACACCGCCAUUUGCUGACAUGUCGGGCCAGAAGUUCACCAACAGAGCCGUGGUCCAUUACACCUGCAGCAUGGGCCGAACUCUGGUGGGGAACGGCACACGCCAAUGCCUAGAGGAUGGCCGGUGGAGCGGCUCACCACCCUACUGCUCAGGUGAUAAUCCGGGAUUCUGUGGUGAUCCAGGAUUUCCUCCUCAUGGUUCUCGGCUCGGGGAGGAGUUCAAGCAUAAAAGCCUCUUGAGGUUCACAUGUGAGGCGGGUUACACACUGAUCGGAUCAUCAGAGCGCACCUGCCUGCAGAACGGCUCCUGGAGCGGCACCCAACCUGCGUGUGAAGCUGUAUCCUGUGGAAACCCGGAAACGCCAGCCUACGCCAAGAUCAUAUUCAGCGACGGCAUUCUGUUCUCCAGCUCAGUGACGUAUGCCUGUUGGGAGGGCUACAAGACCUCCGGCCUCACCACUCGUCAUUGUACCACCAACGGGACCUGGACCGGCUCAGCACCAGAGUGCAUCGUUAUCAGCUGUGGAGAUCCAGGUCCAAUCGCAAACGGAAUUUACAUCGGAAAAGAUUACACAUUUAACAAAACCAUCCACUAUUCCUGUAACCCUGGAUAUAUCAUGGAGCCCCCCGGCUCGUCUACACUGCGCUGCAGCAAAGAUGGCUCUUGGAACCAGACCAUGCCGAGCUGCAGAGUGAUCAUGUGUGGUCAGCCACCAUCUAUCCGCUACGGCAGAGUGGAGGGCUCAGAUCUUCAGUGGGGCUCCAGUGUUACCUACAGCUGCUUUGAAGGAUAUCAGUUGUCUUCUCCUGGAAUAGCAACAUGUGAGGGGAACGGCACAUGGCGGGGUGAAAUCCCUCAGUGUUUGCCUGUGCUAUGUGGGGAUCCAGGCACCCCUGCAGAAGGUUACACAGAGGGUCGACACUUCACUUACAAAUCAGAGGUGUCAUUUUACUGCAGACCACCGUUCCUGCUGGUGGGCUCCUCCAGAAGAGUUUGUCAGGCUGACGCUUCCUGGAGUGGAAUACAGCCUUCUUGCAUUGAUCCAGCAAACAAUGCAUGUACGGAUCCCGGAACCCCAGCGUAUGGAAUCCCGGUGCAGGCUCAGGGAUUUGAGGUCGGAAGUAAGAUUUUCUUCAGAUGUCGGAAAAAUUAUCACAUUCUUGGCUCAACAACGAGAACAUGUUUAGAAAAUUUAACGUGGAGUGGGAUGCAACCAGAGUGUGUUGCACAUGCAUGUAGGCAGCCCGAUACGCCUUCUCAUGUAGAUGUGAAGGCUAUAGAUCUGCCCACACUAGGCUAUACGCUUAUGUAUACGUGUCAAGAUGGCUUUUACUUAUCUGGAGGAUCUGAACACAGGACCUGCAAAGCGGAUGGGAAGUGGUCAGGAAAACCACCAGUCUGCAAAGUUGGACCAAAAAUAACAAGCAAAUCAAGUGAGGAUUCAGACCUGCAGAAAAACAAGAUUCGUGUUCCAGCAGAUGUGUUCUCAUUGAACUCUGGUUGGGCUGGAUUCUAUGAGUAUCUGGGAAAGAGACAAGCUGCCACAAUAUCAGUCAGUGCGUUCAACGCCUCCACCAGCAGAGUCAACGUCACACUUCUAGAGCAGAGCGGAGUGCAGAUUAAACUCUCUGGAACUUACAAGAAAGAAGAAAAUCAUCUACUGUUGAAAGUUUACCAGAUAAGAGGACCAACAGAAAAAUAUUUUAGCAAAUUCAAAAACGAUAACUGGGCAAUGGAUGGAUAUGUGACGGCAGAAUCAGAGAAGAAAAUGUUUGUUUACCAAGGGCACAUACACAGCAAGGAUUUUGGAAAGUUUCAAUUAACAAGACAAGGUCUAAUUACCACAGAUAUGGAUUCGUCGAAUCCUUACUAUGGCACAAACAGCAGCUCGGUGGCAGCUGCCAUUCUAGUGCCCUUCUUUGCUCUCAUUUUAUCAGGGUUUGCCUUUUACCUCUACAAACAUAGGGCACUAUCACAUGGCACAGAUGACAUUGAGAGACCCAAAGACCUGGCCGACUCCAGAACAAGACCAAAAGUCCAGUACAACGGAUACGCGGGACACGAGAACACCAAUGGGCAAGCUUCAUUCGAGAAUCCCAUGUACGAUACAAACAUGAAGCCGACAGAAGCAAAGGCUGUGAGGUUUGAUACGACCCUCAAUACAGUCUGCACAGUAGUAUAGCCUUCGGUAUCAGCUGUGGACUGACACGCUGCUCUUCCUCAGAGAGGCGGGUACCAGACGCCAAUGCUCCUUUAUGACUGACUACACUUUGCUAUGCGGACUUUUAUCACAAGCUCUUACUAUGGACGACAAACAAAUGAAAACGAUGACUAUUUUUUAUCAAAAUCAAACAAAAAACAUCAAAGAAACAAGACUUUCAAAGAACAAAACUCAGAAGUGUGGUCAACAUUCUUUCUGGGAUCUGUACCGUACAUGGCACUUAAAUUAUGUCCCCCCUCUCUCCCCUUUCGCUUUUGUCUUGUUUUUUUGUUGUUUUUUUUUUUUUAACGUUUCCCCACGUUAAGAAGAGACAUCCUGGGAAAGAUACUCAAGUGUCUUUGAAUGCCACAAAAUUGUCGACACCAUGCAUUUUCUUCAGUGAAGACAAACCACAAAAUGCGAACGCAACUGGACUAUUGUGGCUUAGCACACUUAAUCGAGAUCUUCGAACAACGGGGUGAAAAAACAAAAGUCAAAAUGAGACGUUAAUCUCUGGGUUGCAGACAGAACUCUCAACCAUUGUGUUGAAAAACGAGAAACACUUUAUAUCGCACAAAUUUUGCACUAGUAUGAAACGGAUAUGGAAUCAGUGUAUUGAAAGAAACAAACAAAUUGAAAACAAUAAUAUACAGGGUUUUACAGACCAUAUGUAUAUAAACAUUUAAACCCAUAUCCAUAGAGAGCAUGAAGUCACUCUACGGCUAUCAAGAGACAGGCUGAAUUUAUUUUUGAAAUUACAUUCUGUUUAUGUUUACAAAGGUGAUAAGGACACAAUUGAACCUUUUGUCUUUAAAAUCCACAUUUUUCAUUUUGUUAUGAUGAUUUUGGAUUGCUUUUUAAUGCAAUCACAUAGCACGUCAUGCACGUAUGUUUAUGAUUUCUUCAUGGCAUGUCUGGUUUAUGGCUUUGAAUAGCAUAAACGUAAAUGCUCUGAAAAAUUACAUUUCAUCUUUGAGUUCAAAUCAUAGCUUUGCUCACCAGUUUCCUUUCAUUACGUAUUAAAAUAUACCUCUUGUGCAGAAGAAGAUUUUUUGAUUUAUUUCAUUUCUCUUCUAUGUGUGGAUGCCUAUACAAGAGUGAUCUGAGCCCACAAGUUGAUGCAUUUGUCCAUUUCUUCUUUUUUAUACCUGUAUGAGCCAGUGUAUAUCCUCGCUACACCCCCAGACCCCGUCUGAAAACAAAAUCAGUGGGGUUAAAAUCGAACUUACUCGAAGAAACACUGCCUUAUUAGAUUCAGAAGCAUGACCGGGCCAUACCGGUUUCCAGUGGCCCAUAUCAUUACUUUAUUAACCGAGUUUAAGAGCGUAGGGCUUCUGGGGUGCAUAUUCACUGUGAUUUAAAUGUCAUGACCUUGCUGACUUCAGUGCAUGUGCUAAAAACUGUAAGUGCUCCCAUUUUUCCAUGUGAAAUAAUACCUGAUGCCUGUUUUUUCAAUGUUACCAUAUGCACUCGCGUGCUACACAUCAACGGCUUUUUAGCAUAAAUGUGCACAAUGAUAUCGUUGUAGAUUUGCUAUUGGAUAUCAAAUAUCAAUUUCACAUUGAUUGUAUUUUCAAUCUUAAGAACGUUUUUUUGUUUCCAAAUGCAUUUCAACAUUUUCCGAUGCAUCAUGCUGUCAAACUUUGUUUCGUGUGUUUGUGUGUUUGAUGAGCCGAAUGGUGGGUGGUUUAAUUCUUCUCACACUGCAAUCCAUCAUGCCUUUUCUCAGGCUUGCUGCAAUACUGUUUUUUGUUUGGUUUGGUUUGGUUUCUCACUGUAAAAUAGUUUCGCGACUGUCGAGCAACAUUCGUGCUACUUGCCAUUCUCGUUCAUUUAUUCAUUCAUGUGCUGCUGACUUGAAGUAGGUGCAAAAGAUGUUUUUGUACAGAAAUCUAUUUUUUAUGCAGAAUUUGUAAAAUUAUUAAAUAUGCUGUACUUUUUUUGAUUAAAUGUAGGUAAAAUUGUUAAAAAUGUUUUUACUGUAUAAAAAUGUAAAUUAAUUGUUUAUCUACCUAUAAGUAUAUAUCUAUGGUUUAAAAUUUUCCAACAAAUGUCAAUAUGUACGAGCUUUUAUGAAAUAUUCAGCUCGUAUGUGUUCUUUGACGUGAGAAAAAUGAUGAACCCUAGAGAACUGUACUGCAGAUUGUUAAAUUACAAAUAUUUUGAAAAGUAUUUACUUGAGAUAAAUAUUAAAC